AGAUUAAAAAAAUCACGACGAAAACAACAAUCGAAAUCGUUUAAACGUGUGAAUAUAGUUGCAUAACCGUCACUUAUGCUGGAAAACUUAUUUGUCCACUGUAAAUAAUAUGGCCAUACGAGACGUGUCUCUCUGUGCGAGUUCGUUUUGCUGUAAAUAGACACUAGAUUUGAAAGGGAUUUUGCCGAUUUUUUCGUCUACACUCAAAAAUGGCAAACAACAUACAAUACGGUAAUGAACGAACAAAUAGUUUAGAAACUGAAUAUGGCAUCGACCCAGCAUCAGGGGGCUUCUUUCAUGUGGACACCAAAAAUUAUUUUAGACACGAGGAUCUUAAAGAAAUGCUCGAUUCGAACAAAGAUAGCUUAAAACUAGAAGCAAUGAAGCGUAUCAUUGGGAUGAUUGCAAAAGGUCGUGAUGCCUCCAUGCUGUUUCCAGCUGUGGUGAAAAACGUUGUCUCAAAAAAUAUUGAAGUAAAAAAAUUGGUGUAUGUUUAUUUAGAACGUUACGCAGAGGAACAGCAGGAUUUGGCAUUACUCUCGAUUUCAACAUUCCAAAGAGCGCUAAAAGAACCAAAUCAAUUGAUACGCGCCGGUGCUCUCCGAGUAUUGUCUAGUAUACGGGUUAAUGUGAUAGCACCCAUUGUAAUGAUAGCGAUACGCGAUGCAGCUCAAGAUAUGUCUCCAUACGUUCGAAAAACUGCCGCGCAUGCGAUACCAAAACUUCAUAGUCUUGAUAAAGAUACAAAACCUGAAUUAGUAAUGAUUAUUCAAAAAUUGCUUGCUGAUAAGACAGUCUUAGUGAUUGGAUCUGCUGUUAUGGCGUUUACGAAGGUUUGUCCAGAACGAGUCGACCUUGUACAUCAAGUAUACAGGAAAUUAUGUAAUGUUUUGGUUGACGUUGAUGAAUGGGGGCAAGUUAUUAUUUUGAACACAUUAACGAGAUAUUGCAGGACACAAUUCGCUGACCCAAAUAUUCAUGAGAAAAAGCAAGUUGGAAAAUCUGGAGAAACAGACUCUGAUACUUCAGACAAACAUUCCGCCGGGCCAACAUUAGACCCCGACCAUCGCUUACUUUUAAGAUCAUCACGACCUUUGUUACAAUCACGCAAUGCGGCGGUCGUCGUCUCAGUAGCACAACUUUAUCACCAUUGCGCACCUUCAGCUGAAGCCCAACUAGCUGCUAAAGCCCUAGUAAGGCUAUUGAGCUCCCACAACGAGAUCCAAUGCAUCGUAUUGGAUUCAAUCGCUUCGAUGAGCUACCAAAAACGAGGGAUGUUCGAAUACUAUCUCAAGCAUUUUUUUGUACGAAUGUCCGAACCCUUGCGAAUAAAACUGCUCAAAUUAGACGUCCUUACCAAUUUGGCUUGCGAUUCAAAUGUCAGCUUAAUAUUACGUGAGAUGCAAGCGUAUUUAUCUUGUAGUGAUAAAGUGUUUGCUGCAGCUACUAUUCAAGCCAUUGGAAAAUGCGCUUGUCGAUUGGCCGAUAUUGCUGAUUCUUGUUUAAAUGGUUUGGUCUCUUUACUUUCAAAUGGAAACGAGGCGAUUGUUGCUGAAAGUGUAAUCGUGGUAAAAAGACUUUUGCAAACCAAGGCAGCGGAUCCAAAAGAAAUAAUAAGACAGAUGACCAAAUUAUUAGAUAGUAUAACAGUUCCAAAUGCUAGAGCUGCGAUACUAUGGUUGCUAGGUGAACAUUCGACAGUUGUGCCGUUAAUAGCACCGGAUGUCUUAAGAAAAAUGGCGAAAACGUUCGUUGAUGAGACGGACAUUGUAAAAUUACAAAUAUUAAAUUUAGCUACGAAGCUCUACCUCACAAAUAAAACACAAACUGAGCAAUUAUGUAUUUAUGUGUUCAAUUUGGCGCGAUAUGAUCAAGAUUAUGAUAUAAGAGAUAGAGCACGAUUAUUAAAACCGUUUGUUCAAGAAGGGAAAUUAAACAUUUUAUCGCGACGAGCGGAAGAAAUAUUUUUAGGGCCGAAACCCGCUCCUCAACUCCAAUCGCAUUUUAAAGAUCGCGAAUAUUUACAGUUAGGCUCAUUAUCGCAUUUCAUAAACCAACCUGCAACCGGAUACGAACCUUUACCAUCGUUCCCAACGGUUCCCCCACCCGGAAACGUUCGAGACGUUGAAGGUGAAGAGCAAAAAUCCGAGAAAAAAAGACCAGUAUUUUGGAAAAUGCCAUCUUCUCGGCAAAAUUCGCAAGGAUCGGAAUAUCUUGAUUCGGGAAGCUCUUCAAGCGAUAUUUCUCUUGAAUCAAAAGGUGAAGAAUCUGAGUCGAGUGAAUCAGCAUCUGAUUCAUCUAAUGCGUCUUCGUCGGAAGAUAGUUCUUCAUCCGGAUCGAGCAGCGAAGCCGAAUCGGAAUCCGAACCAGAACGUAACGAAAACGUCGUCGAUAUUUUAUCAGAACCACCUCCAAAAACGUCGAACCACGUGGGAAAUGAAAAAACCGAAAAAAUUUCAUCCAAUUUCGAUUUAUUAAUUGAUUUAGAUGAAGGUGACACGUUUACACCGGUUUUAAGGCCAACUAAUUUUCCAACCGUUUCGUUAACGGACGCAAUCAAUCAAAAUACGCCGCCUCCUACUAUUUCACCUAAAUACUAUCCGACUAAUACGUUUGAAAUCUUGGAUAAAAUUAGUGGACGCGGACUUCACAUAACAUACAAGUUUAGUAGAUCACCUCAUGUUUACUCACCGCAAAUGGUUAAUUUAAUUUUGGUUUUUACCAACACGUUAAAUGAAGAUAUUACUAACAUACAUAUAGAUCAAAAACUCGUACCUGCCGUUACGAUAGCGAAAUUUUCAGCUAUUGAAACGUUAAAGCCGGGAUUAAGUGUUCCUGUUUAUUUAGGAAUUGAUUUUAAUGAUUCUUUAUCGCCGGUUUCGCUUGAUAUUAUUUCAUCUCUAGGAACAAAUACAAUUAGUUUAAAACCAACGAUUGGUGAGUUGUUAAGACCAGUUGCGAUUUCUUUACAAACGUUUGAGACUCAUCAAGGAAAAUUGAAAGGAAUGAAUGAGCAUAGCGUUACUUGUAAUAUAAAUAAUGCCAUUGAUGUUUGUCAAAAAGUGUUUAUGGAGGCGAAUGUUGAUAUUGUACAAGGAAACCAAGAUAGUAAUGUUUAUAGGUUUGUUGGUGAAACUUUAAAAUCGAAAUCUUUGGUACUGAUACAAGUAACUGUAGAUAAUAGUGUGUCGAUAAAAGUCAAUUGUGAAAAAUUAGUGGUGGGGUCAAUGCUACUCAACGAGCUGAAACAAUCGCUGCAACAGUGAUCGUAUUUACGUGAAUAUCUCUACGUUCUUGUUAUAUUUAUUUCGAAAAGAACGAUCCUUUGAUUCUUUAUAUCUUGUUAUAAGAGUUCUCUUAAGAAAAAAAAAUCUCUUGUGAUAUAAAUAUUCCUUAAUCGGAAGUUUGUAUUGCUAUUAUGUUAUUAUCCGCUAUAAAAAAAUUGUAUUUAACAUUUUGAUACGUAUUGUAAAGAAAUAUACUAUAUAAAAAAUGUUAUAAUAAAUUCUAUAAAAAC